ACAGCAGCCAGGCAGCCAGGCAGCAGACCAGACCCCCAGAACCCCAGACCGAGACCGAAACCAAAACCGAGCCCGGGCCCAACAGUUUAGCGACGGCAACGGCAGGUGCCAUUUGAAGUGUGCGGACGGUAGAAUGGUUUUUUUGGAUGCGAACGAAAGCAGCGGCGCUUUCAUUUCCAAUUUCCCAUAAGGGAAAUCCGCGUUUAUAUUGCCCCCCGACGGUGACGGUGACGGCGGCGGCGACGGCAACAGCGAUGAGUGCGUGCGGCGGCAAUGUUCGCGACGGUUCGAGUUUUUAUUCCACCGCCCCCGCUUUCAAAUUCGAUGUCAUGCCAAAGAUAACGACAGCGACGUCGGCAGCGGCCGCAGCAACGGCAGCGACGUCGACUACAGCGUUGGCAACGGUUAACGUGGAAAAUAAAUUCGAAGCGGCAGAGCCAACGGCUUUUAGUUUUCGAACAGCGGCGGCGGAGCAUACAACACAACAGCGAUCCGAGCAGAUCGCCAGCAGCAGCAGCAGCAACCAUAAAGCAACAACACCCACAACAAAAGCAACAUCAACAACAGCAACAGCAACAGCAACAGCAAAAGAAAGUGAACCAAGAACUAGAAUUGCAGCAACAUCCAAAGAGAGGCAUAAAAGGAACGAAGAAAACGGAUCUACCGCUCCAUGUGAACAGCGUCUGCAGCGUCUGGCCAGGCACAAGGCUCAACUCCGUGCCGCCUUCUUCAAGGACAUUAUCCAUCAUAUAGAAGAGCCCACGAGCAGAAGUCCAACAGAAAGAGCCGCAGGCACUGAAACUGGAGCCAAAACCCCAGGAGAGGAGAACACCGGGCGAACGGAAGAGCAAGUGAAACCCAUCCAGCUGUUGAUUCACAAAUUCCAGGCCAUGAUUGUGCAGCAGGAACAGCAGGCGGAACGCGAGCGGGAGCUGAAGGCAGCCGCUGCCUCGGGCGGAACGGCCACCAGUGCCGCCAACUCGGAUGAGGGCUGCAAUGUGACCGGGGGCGGGUUGAGUCCCUACAGCAGCGACAACGAGGAUUCCGGUGCUACAGUGGGCGCCACCUCGCGCUCCCGGAAGGGCAAGGUAACGCGCUGCGCCAGCAGCGACUCCGCCUUGGGCCUGGAAGUGGACGAUGUCCACAUCGAGGUGGUGACAAUUCCGCCCCAACGUCGCAUGACCCUGACCGUCACCGAUCUGCCGCUGCGUCCGGCCCUGUUGCCUUUGGCCGAGCCCACCGCUCUGCCGGACUCGUCGCCCCUCACCUCGCCCACCGGUACCGGGGGAUUGGUCGGUGCCGUUGGAGUGCCCACCAAGGUGCUGCUGGAGGAGAGACUGGUGGCCGCACUGGCAGCUCCACCCGGCUCCAGGCGGGAGUCCACGCAGAGCUGCUUCAGCGAGCUGGGGGCCGGGGUGCGCUACGUGCGCACACCAUCGGUGGUGGUGUCCGACUACUCGGACGACAUCACCGCCUGCGGCAUCAGCAUGGAGGAGAUGGAGUACUUUCGGCUGCAGCGGUCCCGCGGGCAGCGCCGCUGCUCGCUGGAAGCGGGAGCAGCCUCGGCCGCCGGCAUGGGCCAAGGAUUUGCCAAGGACGAAGGCCAGUCGGAUGUCAGUGCCGCGAGCAGCUGCAGCAAUCUCUACUACUGCGGCUCCACGAUAUCCGCCCUGGACGGCGGCGAGUGCAUUGUGAAUGGCGUUCGUGUGGCCCUGGCCAGAAAGUCCAGUCGCAGUCACAGCACCAGCGGCGACGAGGACGACGAUGAGGAGGUGGAGGUGGACGAACCGGUGAUUGAGGAUCUCGAGCUGGAGGAGGAGGAUCAGCAGCAGCAGCAGCAGCUGCAGGUGCAAGCGGAACAGGAGGAUCAGCAGAAGCAACAGCCGCAGCCACAGCCACAGCCACAGAAGCAGACACAGACGCAGAGGGAUCGUGUUGGGGAGAGGGCCACAGCGACAGAGGAAGAUCCACACCGUCUGCUCAGCGAAAUGCUGGCUGCCACGCUGCUGCGAGAUGGCACCAAGAAGGUAUGUUGCAAGUUACGCUUAAUUAAUAGGGAUUGGAUUCCGCUCCGUUCCGGGAAUAUUCAAUAAAAAGAUACAGAAGAGUGAACAGAAAGAGAGAGAGCGAGAAAGAGAGAGAGAGAGAGGGAAGUAACGAAAGACUUAGGCAAAGAACUCAAGUGGCAAGUGUCGGCGGAGGUGGACGUAAAGGAGGAGCAGGUGCAGGAGCAGGAACAGAAGACAUG